GUGAGAACACAUCUAUAUGCUACAACCGCAUACAGUGACACCACGUGUCUACACAGCAACCGCAUAUACAACCGCCUGGAGUCAGAACCGCUCCAACACCCGCAAUCUUCACGCUCCUGUAUCACCGCUACGCCAGGAAUACGAACCAGAGUUAGACAGAAUAUCGGAUCAAAGGUAGGCGACAACCACAUUUCAUUCUUGAACCAGCCGCUAUAUAGUCCACUCGAAUACUCUAACAAUCUGGUCAA